AUGGAGUCUCCGCAGCAGCAGCAGCAGCAGCUCUCUCCGUGCCUCGAGGGUGCUGCUGCUGUUGCUGUUCCUGCUGCUGCUGCUCUAUCCGUUCCUGUUUCGCCUGUUGACGUCCCCGUCUCCGCCCCUGUGGCGCUGCCAAUAGUUACCAAGAGCAAGGUGUACGCCACAGAGGACCAUUGGACGUGCCACAGGGGGAUCAUCACAAGGCUGUACCGGGACGAGAACAAGACGUUGAAGGAGGUCAAGCAGAUAAUGGAGGAGACUUACUACUUUCAUGCAACGGAGAGGAUGUUCAAGACCCGUAUCAAGCGCUGGGGCCUCGACAAGAAGUUCAAAGAAGCCGAGGUCCUGGCCAUGCUCCAGGUCAAGAACAAGCGCGACGCCGCCGGCAAAAAGACCCGCUUCACCGUCCGCAACCAGGAGGUCGAGUGGGAGCGCAUCGCCCACUACCUCAAGCGCCGCCCCGACCUGCAGCGCGACCCGCGCUACGCCUCCCCGGACCAGGACCAGGACGCGCAGCGCGAGCUCGUGCGGCUGCUCAAGGGCGAGCCCGGCCUAGUCGCCGGCGCCGGCGCGGUAGACGAGGAAGACUACGAGGCCGUCGCCCGCUACGGCAUCCGCUGCCGCACGCCCUCGCCGCCGCCGAUGCCGCGCGUCAUCGACCCGGCCGCGGACCUGCGCAUCCCGGACGAGAUCCUGCGCCUCAUGAAGGGCUUCUUCGACGGCGCAUUCCAGGGCCGCAUGUGGACCAUGGUCGACGACACGCUCUGCGCCGCCGGCCAGCGCGCGCCGUCCCGCGACCGCCCCAACCGCUGGGGCGACUUCAUGAGCGACACGCACCGCCACAUCGUCGGCCGCCGCGGCGACUUCCGCGGCGCCCACGCUGCCUUGUGUGCGCAGCUCGACGUCCUCCGCUGGAUCAUCAAGGACCAGGACCCCGAGCUGGCCUUCUUCCUGUGCUACUCCGUGCUCAGCCAGCCGCGCGACAUCUCCGAGUGGCUGCUCCCGCACAUCUGCACCCUGCACGAGCAGGUCCACGGCCCGCGGCACCCGCUGACGCUGAUCUGGGCGCGCAUCCGGCGGGUUGACCGCAGAGAGCGCGUGCGCAUCCUGCAUUCCCUAGUAAAGUACGGCGCCAAGGACCUGGAGAAGCGGCUGGGGCUGCUGAACAUCACGAUCCACUACAUCCACGGCUUGCAGGGCCAGCUGCUCGCGCGUCUGGGCGAGACGGGCGGCAGCGACUUCGCGGAGAUGACGGCGCUGUACGCGAGCACGUCGGCGGCGUACAUGGCGCAGGGGCGGCUGCGGGAGGCGUGCAAGUGCCUGUUCGCGCUGGCGGGCUUGCAGCUCACGGCGCAGGAGUUUGAGCACGCGCGGCUGACGCUGGAGCGGGCGGACGACAAUAUCGUCGCGGUGGAGCGCGCGGAGGGGCGGACGCCGACGACGAUGCGGGUGUGGCAGUACGGCGAGAUGGGGCAGCUGAAUUACACGGUGGAGAGGGCAAGUAAGUACGGCGAGAACCUGGCGAUGGCGAGGGCGCAGUUUGGGAGGAGUAGUCCGCAGGCGCUGAUGACGAUGUUGUCGUGGAGGGGGUCGUGGCCGUAUAUGCAGGAGGCGGCGUGA